AUGUCCGCGCCUACAGCCCCGGCCGGCUCCAAGCCAAAGCCGCUCCCAUUCUAUGCCCAAUUCUCUGCGGGUGCCAUCGCAGGAGUGACGGAGCUGCUGUGUCUCUAUCCUCUCGAUGUCGUCAAGACGCGCAUUCAGCUUCAGAACUCCAGUACGCCAGCUGCGGACAGGUACAAUGGCAUGAUGGAUGCUUUCAGAAAGAUCAUUGCUAGCGAAGGUGCGGGACGCCUUUACCGUGGCCUCGUGCCUCCUCUCAUGCUCGAAGCUCCCAAGCGAGCAGUCAAGUUCGCCGCCAACGACUACUGGGGCAAGACGUUCAGAGGCAUCGCGGGACAGGAAAAGUCUAGUCGGGGUAUCGCUACGUUGACUGGGUGUGCUGCCGGAGCUACGGAAAGUGUCGUCGUCGUGCCCUUUGAGCUGGUCAAGAUCAGAUUGCAGGACAAGGCGCAAUCGCAUCUCUACACCGGACCCAUGGACGUAGUUGGCAAGAUCGUCAAAGCAGACGGUCUGCUGGGUCUCUAUGCUGGUCUCGAAUCCACCUUUUGGAGGCAUGUGCUGUGGAAUGGCGGUUACUUUGGAGUGAUACAGUCCACGAGAGCGAUGAUGCCCCCAGCAGAGAACAAAGCACAAGAAUUGCGGAACAAUUUCAUCUCCGGUGCUAUUGGUGGAUUUGUUGGAACUGCACUCAACACUCCUGCUGAUGUGGUAAAGAGCCGAAUUCAGAAUACACCCAACGUUCCCGGUGUUCCUCGCAAGUACAAUUGGACCUUUCCUUCCAUGGCUCUAGUCGCCAGAGAAGAAGGCUUCUCGGCCCUCUACAAAGGCUUCACACCAAAGGUGCUGCGAUUGGCACCCGGAGGUGGUGUGCUACUGCUGGUUGUCGAGGUGAGUUUGAGUUCAGGGCGGUGCUCGCAUUUUCCAUUCCUGAACUGCCAUGUCGUAUUGGAGCAGUGGAGAAAUAUUCUUGGACCACCCUACAAGUAG